AUAAAUAUGAUAAAUGUAAAUAAAAUAUGUAUAAAUAAAUAAAAGUAAAUAAAUAAAUAAAGUUAAAAUGAAAUAAUUUUUGUUGUAUUAAAAACAAUAUUAUUAAUACGUUUUUCACGUACUUAGUGUUUUUUCACACAUUUUUCGUAUUCGAAAAAAAAAACUUAAUCAUCUCGGUUUUUGAGGUUAUAUUUGUAUAAUCUGCUGUAAUUUUCUAAUUUUUUAAUUUAAAUUUUGUACAUUUUAUAAAAUGAAUACAAUAAUCGGCAAUGAGGGGGAAAUUGUUAGAUUUUUAAGGGCAUCAGGCUGUUGUCCCAGAUGUUGUUUACGUUUUAUAGGAUCUAGAAAUACAAAUUAUUAUGAAGAUCCUUUAUUGACAUUGGAAAAGUUGGAAUAUUUAGAUAAAUCUGAAAUUGUAAAUACUCCUUGCAUAGUAUGUUUAGGAAUUUUACAAGAUGAAUUGUUUCAAAAUACAAUUCAAAAGACAGCAGACGAAAUUAUUCGAGGGAAUUAUGAUUGCGAGACAUUUACCAUUGCAUUGACUAUUCCAGUUUUAAUUGCACUUAGAGAACGUUCUAUACAAAUUUAUUUAGCACAGUGUUUAAAAUUAUCUGAAGAUGCACUUAAUGAAUUGAAAUUACAAACGCAAAGUCUUAAGGAAAUUUGGAAAUUAAUGGCUGUACCAAAAAUUGAGAAUUUGACGAAUAAAAUUGGCGAACCACAAAGAGUUACUUCUCAUUUUCUUGUUGAUAUAUUUUUCUCACAUUCUCAUGAUGAAGAAGAAUGUGUCGCCUUAUUAAAAAAAUGUAAUGUUGAAAAAAAGUCAAAUAAUUCAAGAAAAAGAAAUAAGGAAAAUAGUUAUAGUAGAAAAAAUGUUGAAUCAACAUUAGACACUUUAAAUGAUGAUGAAUUUGUAGAUAAUUGUACAAUACCGCCAAAAUCUGUUAAAUCUUUUGCUACAAUUGAUAAAGUUAAUUGUGCUCAUAGUAGUCUUUUCAUAGGAGGUCGUUAUAAUAAACUUUCAAGAAAUUUAUGCCAAACUCCUUGGUUUAUUAAUGGAGAGAGAAAAAUGGAAACAUCUGUUCAAGAACUUCUUUGUGAUCCAAUUCUCAAAUACGUUCAAGCUGAUUCGAUGAAAUUCCUUUCAUCUGGAAGAGAAGACGUGGAUGUGCGAAUGUUAAAUAAUGGCAGGCCUUUUGCGGUUGAAUUAAUUAAUCCGAGAAUUACAAAAUUUCCAGAAGGUUUUGAAAAAUUGGUUUCUGAUAUCAAUAAAAAUUCGGAAAUCGUUAAAAUUACCAGCAAUUUAAAGCUUCUUUCCAAAUUAGAUUUAAAAAAAUUAAAAGAAGGCGAGAACGAGAAAACAAAAAACUAUCGAGCAUUUUGCAUUUACAAGCCAAAAUCAAAUACCAAGGAUUUAAUUGAUAAAUUAAAUGAUUUAAAAAAAUUGGAUAUUAUUCAAAAAACACCAAUUAGAGUUUUACAUCGACGUCCAUUGGCUUCUCGAAUACGGACAAUACACUCAAUAAGAGCAUAUCAUUUAAAAACCGAAGAAUUGGCGAAAAUUUCAAUUGAUAUAAAAAAUCUUGAUGGAAAUGAACUUUUUGUUAUUGACGUUAAAACACAAGCUGGAACUUAUGUGAAAGAAUUUGUACACAGUGAUUUUGGUAGAACAAUUCCAAGUUUGUGUAGUCUUUUACAAACGGAUGUCGAUAUUAUUGCAUUGGAUGUUACGGGGAUUAAUCUAAAUUGGCCAUAAUUUUAUUGAUAGAAAAAAAUGUAAUAUACUUAAAUUCACAGGUAAGUUUUAUUUUUUUUUAGAGUGAUUAAAAUAUCAUCUAUAUACAUAUUAUGUAUUUAUAAAGUGUUCUCUAUACAAUUUUUAUUAGUAUCAAAAUUACAAUUUUAAGUUUUUGUUUUGUUUUAAAACUAAUUUUUGGAACACUAUAAAAGCAAUUAGAAAAAAAUUUUAUAACGAAGAGACAAUAUAAAAUAUUUGCAAACAACAUUUUUGUAGUAUUAAAAUAUUUUUAAAAAAUCUAUUUAAGAUUUUUUAUAAAAAAAAGAAAUUAAUACAAAAAAUUUCAUAAAUUCGUACAUAAUGUAAAAUUAUAACGUAAUAUUUAGCAAAUAUGCUAAAAAUAAACUACAAACGAAUUAUUAAACGAUACAUUAAAUAUUUUUGAAUACAAUAUAUAAUUAUAAUAACAUUUUUUAUAAUUUAUAAUAUUUAGAUUGGAACUUUCGAUGUUUCAUCAUUUUUUAAGAUAGAAUUUAUAUGACAGUCUCUACUAAAAGUUAAGACAUUUUUUACCCAAGAUUAAAGAAAAACAAAAAAUAAUAAUAACCGUAACUUUCAUUGGAAGUUGGAACCAAUUGUUUUUACUAAUUUUUAAACAAUUAUCCUCAUAAAUAAAUUUGAUUAAAGAUAAUAAUCGUAUAAAUUUUUCAAAGAAAAUAAUUUUAAAUAAACGAGUUAAAUAAAUAAUGAUUUUUAAAAAAUAUUAAAUAUACAACUAAA